CCAACCGAACAGUUCAAUAACUGAGGAAAACAGGUCCAGAGGACACAGAGACCGCAAGAAGACAGCAUCAUGUUACCGGGGACCUGCAGCCCACCACGGGGUGGGACAACAUGAGGAGGACCCUCAGAUCCUGAACGUGUCCUGUAAAACUCAACUCCUCGACAUACUGCCACGUCGAGCUCCGUGCGGAGCGGCGGGUCUAACCCUGGACCAGAGCGGACGUCUCCGGCAGAACAGCGGAGCGACGGCCGAAACUUGUCAGCACUCUGCGGGCAGCGGUUCCAUCAUGAGGCAGCUCAAGGGCAAACCCAAGAAAGAGACGUCCAAGGACAAGAAGGAGCGGAAGCAGGCCAUGCAGGAAGCUCGACAGCAGGUGGCCACUGUCGUCCUGCCCACCCUGGCUGUGGUGGUGCUACUCAUCGUGGUCUUCGUCUACGUGGCCACCAGACCCGGUGACAUCGAGUAGACGUUACAGUUCUAAUGCAGAGACAUGAACUCCCAGAGUGACUGGGUUCAAACUGACAGUGGCUAUACCCAAAGGAUACCCCACCCUGUGACAGCCACCCAUCUGUAGUGACUGGUAGGCCAGUGACGGGCCUACCAUCUGUCUUAAUGAGAGCCUCUUCCAAAGUAUGUGUUUGCUUUAAGUCCAGCUGCAGACAGAUGUCCAGCUGCAGACAGAUGUCCAGCUGCAGACAGAUGUCCAGCGGGGCAGUUGCUCCUUGGUGCCUUCAGACAAAAAAAGACGUCCUGCUCAUCUACAGCAGCAGGUGGAUUCGUGUUGAUGUCUUACACAAUGAUGCAAUGCCAGGUUUACCAAAGGAUUCGUGCACAGCUUGCCAAGUGUGACCAGAGGUGUUAAAGUCUAAACCAGUUCUUCUGUUGAGACUGGGUCAAUGCAACAUGAGCCUGGUCCCAGACUCUGGACUUGACUCACCUGUAGUACUUGUAUGAAUGAUGUGAUAGUUUCUCCCUCAGCUCAAUGCAGCACUAAAGUAUUGAAUGUCAAAGUGUUCUCUUCAGUGCAGUGUUCAAACACACCUGAAGUUCUUCAUCUUUAAUGUGAAUGUUUCCAUUAAGUUAUUGAUAAUCAUACCUCUGAGCAUUCAUGACACCUGGUCAGACCUAAUGACGUGCCUUAACAAACUGUUAUUUCACUUCAAUAAAUGAUUUUUUAAAUAA